ACUCAAUCACGAGGUGUAUUGGUGCAAUACAUUCUGUUGAGAUUGCGUUGCUGUUGCUUUUGCUUCUGCUAAUGUUACAGUAUAAGCCACAAUUCAGGGUAUGGCAUGCCAGCACAGCGGAUGGCGAUUGAGGUCGCUGACGACGCGGCGUAGACAUUGGUGCUGCUUCCGACGCCGUUUCACCCUUUCACCGGAGCGCUGGAUCAUCUCAAGACAUGAGAGGGCUGAGCUAGAGUCUAGAGAGCUGCCAUCCCCUGAAGCCAACACGAUCGAGGCGGAUACGGAAUCUUUAGCCCGAUCAACGGCGCCGGCAUCCAAAGACCAAAGCUUUGCUAAAGAAUAUGACCUGCACGUCAGGGACUCGUGGAUUCCACAUACAUAG